ACGGCUUGGGCUUCACUCCCCGCCUCUGCUUGCUGCGAGAGCACCGAGGCCGUGCAGAGCCAAGCAGCGCCGCCGCCGCCGCCUGCGUGCCUGGGGGCAAAAGAGAAAGCGAGCGAGCGGGGACGCGCAGCCACCGAGGGCGCCGGGCAAGCCCAAUGCGCGGACUAGGUGCCUUUGCAACAUGCAGGAGCUACAUAUCAGCUAAACGGAGUUUGCACGCCGCUGCUGGGGCUGGAUUGCAGCGCUCUCUUUCCUUAUGAAGAAGGCACAAACUUGGAUUAUCACUUGCUUUUAUCUUCAGCUGCUCCUCCUUAAUCCUCUUCUCAGAGCCCAAAGUCCCUGCGGGAAUCCUGUGACGGAUGAUGUGUAUGACAUUGCAAAACUGGUUGGAAAUCUUCCAAAUGAUUAUAUGAUAACCCUUAAAUAUGUCCGGAAGAUGGACAGUCUGCCUAAUCAUUGUUGGUUGUAUCUGAUGGUUCCUGAACUGUCAGCGAGUCUGAAUAAUCUUCUGCACAGAUUUAAAGACUUUUCAGAUAUGUCAGAUGUCUUAAGUAAUUACUCAAUCAUCAAUAAUCUCACAAGGAUCAUCAAUGAUCUAAUGGCAUGCCUGUCUACUAAUAAAAAUAAGAACUUUAGAAAAUAUAAUGACCAUCUUUAUGAAGAAGGUAAAUUCUUUCCAGAAGAGUUCUUUAAGCACUUUAAUAGCACUAUUGAUGUCUACAAAAGCAUUGCAAAGGCACCAGAACAGAGCGACUGUGUUCUGCUUUCAGCAAGAGAGCCCUCCCCAAAUGAUGCCCGCAACAGUGUCACAGAGCCAAUUUUGUUACAUCCUGUUGCUGCCAGCUCUCUUAAGAAUGACAGCAGUGGCGAUAGCAGCGAGCACACAGAGUUGGGUUUCCUCAACAGCGCCAGCAUGCAUGGAAUCAGCAUAGCACUAACAGGGCUGGUGACUCUUCUAAUUGGCUUUAUUUUGGGAGCUCUGUGCUGGAAGAAAACAACCCGCAAACACUUUUCAGAAAGUGACCAGAAUACAGAAUCAAACAUCUGCCAAGAGGAUAACGAAAUAAGUAUGCUGCAGCAAAAAGAGAAAAUACUUCUACAGGUGUAGCUGUUGCUUUUUUAUAUAUAUACACUGUUACUGUUUCAUGUCUUGGCAGCUAACAGUUCCAUGUUUGCUUCAUAAAUGAAGCAGCUUUAAGCAUAUUUGUAUUCCUUCUGGAGUGACAGACUGAGUCUGCAUCUGUUGUUGUUGCCCGUGACUCCAUAUUGAGAAUAUAGAGCUGUGGACAAAGAGUGUGCUACUGUGAAACCAACGUUGAAUUAAACAUCAAAGAAGAGUCUGCACUGAAAUGGACUGUAUUUUUAUAUUCAGACAGAUUUGUUUCUUUGCAUCUUCAAAUUUGCAGUGGAAUUUCGCAAAUGCAUGAACAAAUAAUUCUGGAUUUAUGCGAUCCAACUCCAAAAGUCAUCAGGACAUUUGCAUUUUGUGUACAAAAGGAGACUCUGAAUGGGAGAAAAAUGCAGAUAUUAAUGAGAAUAUAAAUCUUCAGCACUGUACAUAAGACUUGCAAGUAAGAUUAUGCAGUGGACUAAUGUGCUUGCUUUCUUUCAUCGGUGGAACUGGGUUCAUAUUAAAUAAGAUUGGAUAUCUGUCGAGCUGUAAGUGAAAUUUUAUUCCAUGUCACAGAAAAUAAACAUACACUUUGGCAAAGCUGUUAUUAUCCAUCAAGGAGAAGUAAACACCGGAUCAUGAAAAUUGGGCAAUUGGAAUAGAAUGGAACAUUGAUUGCCUGAUGUCGGGGAGACUCCUAUUAAUGUUCCAGUGAGAAAAUGGAGAGAGAGAAGAAGUCAGCUUCAGGAGUAAAAAAAAUGCCAUGAAGUCUAUUUAAAAUGCAUAUAAACAUGCAAUUUUGUUCUUGACAUUUGCAAAAAAAAUCAAUGUCAUCUCGAAAAUACCAAGGUUUAGUUUAGCUUUUACUGUAUGCCAUUUCAUAUUUGCAAAUGAAUUUUAAAAGUAAUACACUUUUCAUCACUUAGCCUUCUCCAUCAAUUAUUAUAUUAGUUCAGCUCAAAUAAAAAAAGAGAAAACUUUCUUAAUAGUUGUCAGCCUCUUGAUAUUAUUUGUAACAAAGCUGUGGACAGCAAAUACAAGACUGAAAAUAACCUGCUAUUCAUAAAUUUAAAGGAGGGCACUAAAAGUUAAUCAGAGCCCAUAUAGAAUUUACUUAAGUUAUUAUUAUUUCCGGAAGAGAUAUUCAUAGGAUAUUGUAUUCUGUGAAACAGCUGGGUUGCUCUACAUUCCAGGCUACUAAUCCAAUAAUAACCUUAAACUAUAAUCUUAACUAUUGUUAAACUAAAAGUUUAACUAUUGUUAAAAUGCUCAUUUACAACACAGUGUUUAAAUUACCUAUGCUUAAGGGAUACUUUAUUUAAAAGAUUUUCACAUAUUUAUUUAUUUUUCAUAUAUGUCACAAACUCUUAGAAAUAAUAUAUGAAAAGCUAUAGAAUGUAUUUAGGACCGAUUUAAAAAUAACACAAAUCUGGCAUUCCUAAAAUCUCUGUCCUGUUAUUUUUUUGGUUGGUAAUGAAGCUAAAUGACAGCAUACGUGCCACCAAAACUAUUUGUAAGUAAUUAGGAUGAGAUCAGUGUGUCUGGCUGUUAACCAGAAGGUUGGUGGUUUGAGCCUACCCAGGGAUGGAUGGCUUUGAGCAGGAUUCCUGUAUUGCAGGGCAUUGGACUAGAAGACCCUCGGGGGUCCCUUCCAACUCUACAAUUCUAUGAGGCAUAUUUGGGGUGCAUGCUGCAAUCCAAAUGACAGAGCUGAUCUGUUGAGCUGGCCUGAUGAUGCCCAGGACCACCAGCUUCUACCGGUAUAUGUGACUAUAGCCCAUAGCUAGAUCAGAGCCUACAAUUGUGGCUGUCCAUCUUUUGAGUCGGGAAAUCAUGAAAAUCUCUGUGCAACCUAAAGAUAUAGGAAGAUCUGCUUGAAUGUAGCUCUAGUGCAGGCCCUGACAAGGUAGAAACUAGAGCCUCAGUCAAUAGUAACAUGCCUCGGUAAAUCACUAUGCGCAUCAUAAACAUGUACAACGUUUCACAUUCCAGUAAGUGUUCUGGAACACAGUUGUGUAUGCAAUAUCCGAAACCUGCUUUUUAAACUUUUUUCCCCCUUCAGAAAGGAACAAAGAACCCAUUUGUUGCUUGAUUAAAAUGGCUUUAAAGGUAACGGUUGCAUACUUGUUGGAAACUGCAGUACAUAUUGUGCAAAGUUUCAUUUAUACUGCAGGGUUUAUAACAAUGCCACAUUCUCUUUCCCUUCCCAAAAAAAGCAGAACGAGACAAAUUUAAGGUCAAGAGGCAUUUACAGAGCCAACUAAAAAUUCCAAGUAUAAUCCUACUGGCUUUACCAUGCUUGCAUAACAAUCAUUGUUCUCGCUUUGAAUGUAAAUAACCUCCAUUAGCACAAAGUGGAAUACCAUCCCAUCAAAACUAAAGCUGAAUAAUCAUUUUGACAGUGAGUAGCAUUUCCUUAGCAUUUUAUGCUUAAGACGUUUGACUGAGUGGUUUGGGCCAUCUCAGUUGAAUGUCAAAAAGAUGAAAUGUCUGGAGACUACUUCACUACUUAGGAUUACUAUUUGGCAACCUAAUCUUGAAAACGGUAAUGGGGUGGAUAUCUCCAUCUGAGGAAGACCAGUCUUUGGAUCCAAUCCAGUUUGUUUAUUUGGUACCUAAAUUUGGUUGUGGACAUAGCUCAUUUCCCUUUUAUUGUGAUAUUAAAAUGAUUCGUGGCCAGAUUUUGAAUUCUGGAAUUGUCAAAGUGGCUACUAUUGAGUUUAAGGGCAUGACUCCACCAGAAAGGUAAAAUUGGUGUCUUUGUGCCAGAAUUGGGAUCCAGCCCGGUCGCAGCCAGGACUCUGGGCAACAAGGCAAAUAGUUCAGAGCAGCCACAUUAUCUGAUUUUUAUUUUCUUUUAGUAAUGGGUUAACUGUUUUUCAUGGGAAGUAGGGCAUGACUGUCUAGCUUUCAUGAGUCACAGAGCUCUGUUUUAGAUUCGACAGUGCCAAUCACAAUGUGUGCUCCCAAGUGUUUCGUGAAGGGAUCAUUCACAACAGCAUGAAGAAGGGGCAAACACUCUUUAAAAGAAAUAAAGAGAGGUGGGAAGCUGGCUUAGCACAUACUGAAGAACACUUAAUGCAGAUUAAUCACCCCAAUACCAUUUAAUAAUUCAGUUAUAUUCAGAAUCUGGAUGGGUGAAUUUCCUCUGUCUUCUCAAGGCAUAGUUAGCAGUAGGCUGAGGAUAUGAAUCAGUACCAGUUUUUGUGUGGGCGGAACCCCAAGGGGUUUUUCUUUUGUGCGUAUGAGGUCUUUUGGAUUGUUGAUCACUGAGUGUAAGGGUAGGAUCCACCAUUAUCAUUCAGGGGGAAAAAACCUUUUUAAACAACCUUUGGGUUGGAUCAAGUGAUGUCCUUCCACAAACAGAAGGGCUAUUCCUAACAACAGCACAAGAUCCUUCCAUGGGAAAAUCCAGUGGUGUGCUUCUGUUGCACAAUGUCUCGAGAUGUGUUGUGCAAAGUCUGUGCUGAGCAAAGACCUUCUUCCUGUGCAACAGUGUGCAAAUCAGUGACACUGCCCAUGUUUUUCCCCCAGUGACUUAUCUCCAGAUCAAAGAUUUUCUCGUUGUGUAGUGUAUGUAAUGCUCUUUUUGGGGGGGAGAGGGGAGGUUUUGCAGCAAGGGGCCAAUACAGUCAUGCCUUGGAAGUUGAACGGAGUCUGUUCUGGAAGUCCUUUUGACUUCCAAAAUGUUCGAAAAUCAAAUCACAGCUUCUGUUUGACUGCAGGAAUCUCCUGCAGCCAAUCAGAAGCUGUGGAAUUCCCCAUUGGACAUUCGGGUUCCUAAUGAAUGUUUGCAAACCAGAACAAUCACUUCCGGGUUUGUGGAGUUCAGGAGCCAAAACGUCUGAGUUCCAGGGCAUUCAGGAUCCAAGGUAUGACUGUAUAUUCCUCCAAAAGAAAAAAAAGAGAGCUGUUUUUAAAGAAAAUUAAUAGAUCAAUUAAGCCAACAUCAUUUUAUCCCUUAUCAAGCUUGUGAAAGUGCAUAUAUUGAAUUCAUGGAUAGCUUCUGUGGAAACAGAAAGCAGCUAGCUACAUAGGGUAAAUUUCAAUAUGCUAUGUUACAAGAGAUUUUACUUGAAUAACUUAAUGGUACUUAUUUCACUGCAAACUCAUUCUAGAUCCAUAUUUAAUACAUAUGUGCCAUGCUAUGUUCCUUUCUCUUUUGAAUGUGGCUAGACUCUCCAGACUACACACUAUUUGAUUGUUAAAUCAAAAUGCUACGUUUGUAUUAUUUCAGCUAUUUGGAAAAAGAGUUUGAGAAUUACAUAAUAGUUUCCCCUGUAUCACUAGUAAUUUCAUUCACCUGUAUUUUUAAAAGAAGCCAUGUAAAAAAAGAUUAUUAAAUAUAUUUAAAUCCUAGGAACUCAGAAACUUCAGGCUCCUUCUUAUCGGACAGAUAUAUUCCUUUGCUGGCUCGGUUAUGGAUUGAGAUUAUGUAUAUUUUGAUGUGUAUUUGUAAUCUGACUGAAGGUUAAUUGACCAAGUUUAUAAAAUGUAAUGUGUAUCUUAUGUGUCCUCUUAAAAAUAGAUGUAUACCCCUGUCCAUUUUUAUAUUGGUUGAAUCUGAAAUUAUAUACAUAUGCUUUAUUGUUCUAAACAAUGAAUUUUAUGCACUGA